AGAUGACGAACCUCUUGGGUCUGCUUGCUCUCUUGCUGGGAGGUUUGGCUCUGGUGGCCGCCGAUCAAGGCUAUGAAGGCUACCGCAUCUACGAAGUGACACCACAAAAUGCUGUCCAAGGAAAACUCCUGCACCAGCUCAGUCUGGAGGGAUUCGACUUUCUUAGCGAGAGCCGUCUGCCGGGUAGGCCAUCGCGGGUAAUCGUCAGUCCCGCUCAGCUGGAGACCUUUGAGACGGUGCUCCGAGGCCAGAAGCUGGCCCACACCCUCGUCAAUGACAACCUGGGCGCCUCAAUAGCCGAGGAGUUUGCUUUGCGCCAACUGCAGCGCCGCCUCAGCCCUAUCACGGGCAAGGGUCGCCUGAGCACGGAGCGCUACUACACCCACGAGGAGAUCAUUAACUACAUCGACGAUCUGGCCGAUCGCUUCCCCAAGCGCGUGUUCGUGAAGACCGUGGGCUGGUCCUUUGAAAGGCGUGUGCUCAAGACCAUCACCAUCACCAACGGGGAUGGGCGCUCUGGCAAGAAGGUGAUCUUCAUGGACGGUGGCUUCCAUGCCCGCGAGUGGAUAUCCCCGGCGGCGGUGUUGUACGUGAUUGAUCAGCUGGUGGAGCAGUUUGAGCAGAACGCAGAUCUCCUGGAAGACUACGACUGGGUUAUCUUACCCCUGGUCAAUGCUGAUGGCUAUGAGCACUCCCAGAGCAGCACCCUGUCCCGUAUGUGGCGCAAGACCCGCCAGCCGUACACUUACGCCGGACAGACCUGCUAUGGGGCCGAUCCCAACCGCAACUUUGGUUUCCAUUGGAACGAGGAGGGUGCCUCCUCCAACCCCUGUGCCGACACGUAUGCCGGUCCAACGCCAUUCUCCGAACCCGAGACCAUCGUGGUCCGAGAUCUGAUGCACUCGCUGGCGGAUCGCGGCGUCAUGUACCUGACCAUCCACUCCUAUGGCAAUUAUAUCCUCUACCCUUGGGGCUGGACCAGCGACUUGCCCGACACCUGGGAGGAUCUGGAUGCAGUGGCCCGGACUGGCGCCGAGGCCAUUGAGGCCACCACGGGAACCGUCUACACCUAUGGCUCCUCCACCAAUGUCCUGUACAUUGCAGCCGGGGCCAGCGACGAUUACGGUUUCUAUGCGGGCUUCAACAUCUCCAUCACCAUGGAGCUGACGGGCGCUGGCAGCAUCGGCUUCAAUCCCCCAGUCACGCGCAUCGACGAGUUCGUGACCGAGACUUGGAUCGGCAUUCGUGCCAUGGCCGAGAAGCUCAUCGAGAUUUACUAGAAGUCCAUCAGUUUUGGAUACCAUUUUUUUUUUAUUUGCUGAAUAAAAUAUAUACAAAUGUUAUCAAAA